AUGUCUCUUCUACCAUUUAAAACAGACUACUUAGAAAAUGAAGUCUUUUCCAUUUCAGGCAAAGCCUUGAAGUUGACUACAAAGGAGGAUAUUCAACCAAUUUUAGAGGAUCUAUUGAAAUUGGAUAAAGUCACUAAAAUUGAUGUCUCUGGUAACACAAUCAGUACUGAAGCUUCUUUAGCUCUAGCUGAAUGUAUAAAAAAUAAUGAAAAAAUAUAUAAAAAUGUAGUCGAGGUUGAUUUUGCUGAUUUAUACACUUCAAGGUUGGUAGACGAAGUUGUAAAAUCUUUAGAAUAUUUAUUGCCUGCAUUUUUAAAGUGUCAUAACUUGAAAAUUGUCAAUUUGUCUGAUAAUGCAUUUGGUUUAAGAACUAUUGAUUCUUUAGAAAAUUAUAUUGCCAAUGCUGUUCAUUUGGAACAUUUAAUUCUGUCCAAUAAUGGUAUGGGUCCAUUUGCUGGUGAAAGAAUAGGUAAAGCUCUUUUCAAGCUGGCACAAAAUAAAAAACAAGAAAAGUUACCAUUAUUGAAAACUUUCAUCUGUGGUAGAAAUAGAUUGGAGAAUGGAUCUUCCCUAUACUUGGCUUUAGGAUUAAAGAGUCAUGGUAAAGAAUUACAAACUAUUAAAUUGUACCAAAAUGGUAUUAGACCAAUCGGUAUUAUGACACUUAUUGAAUAUGGGUUCAAAUACUGUCAAAAUUUAGAAAUUUUGGAUUUACAAGAUAACACUUUCACCAUCGUAGCGUCCUUGAAAUUAGCUGAAUAUUUACCAAUAUGGAAGGAUACCCUUGUUGAAUUGAAUUUGAAUGAUUGUUUAUUAAAACCUAAGGGUUCUAACUCUAUCUUAAAAGUACUAAAUUCUCAUGUCUUCCAAAGUUUAAACAAAUUGAAAUUGGAAUAUAACGAAAUCGAACAAGAAUCUGUUGAGAAUUACUUGUUGAAGGCUCUUGAAGAUGAAAAGUUACCUUCUUUGAAAAAAUUGGAAUUGAAUGGUAAUAGACUAGACGAAGAUUCUGAAGCUGUUGAUCUUUUACAAGGUAUGUUUGAAGAUAUAGAAUUAGAUGAUUUGGAAGAAGUUGACAGUGAAGAUGAGGAAGAGGAACGUGAAGACGAAGAUGAAAAUGAAAAAUUCGAAGAAAUUGAUAUUGAAUCCUUGGAAAAAGAAUUAUCUGAAUUGUCAGUAGAUCAAUUAUCCCAGGAAUUGUCUAACACUAAGAUUUGA